AGGCAAUGUAUUCCAGUGAGCAUAUUUAAUUCUGGGUCAUAUUAAUAGGAGUGUUGCAUGUAAAAUAUAGGCAGUAACUGUUCUGUUCUACUCAAUGGUUAGGUCUCAGCUGUAGCUCUGUUGAAUUCCAGGUAUUACACUUUAGGGAAAAAAUGGAUAAAUUGGAGGGAGUCCAGAGGACAUCACCAAAAUUAUAAAGCAUUUAGAAAACCUGCCCUAUAAGAAAAGAUGGAGGAGGACCUGACACUCAUUAAACUCAUUUAAGGGAUGCUAUAAGGAAACGCAUAUUCAAUUGGUCUCCAUGUCCACUUAAGGUAAGGCGAGAAAUAAUAGACAUAGUGUACAGCAAGGGUGAUGUACAUUAGCCAUUAGGAAAAUCUUGCUAAAUGUAAAGGUAGUUAAGCUCUAAAAUAACCUUGCAAGGGAAGUUGUGCAUUUCUGUCAUUGAUGUUUUUAAAGUUAAAGUUAGACAAAGCCAUCAGUUGAAGUUUAACAAAGUGGUGCUUAACCAGGGAUACCCAUAUCUUUGGGGAUAUGCAAUCUUUUGGAGUUUCAUCAACUCAGCAAGAUAUUUGCCUAGUUUUACAAGCUACAUAAAAAACACUACCAAAGUCAGUUCAAAUUAACAUACAACUUGUUUAUAUUGCUCUAUAAACUGGAAUGUAAGUACAGGUUGGACGUCCCUUGCCUGGCACCGAUAGGAUCUGACUAGUCCCGAACAAGAUAAUUUGCUGGACAUGAGCAGGUCUCCUGUCACCAGCCCCCAACAGGCAGGGGCUGCCCCCCAACUUGGCUGGGCUGCUUGACAGUGUUCCCUCUGUUUGUUUCCAUCCAUGUGUGGAAUACAUUUUGUUCUUUACACAGAACCAUGUGUGGAUGUGCACCUACAGAAGAAAAAAGCUGCCAGCUGCGGGUGCUCUGCUGAUUGGCUGUGCAGCACCUGAAUCUUUCCUGGGCAGCUGCAUGAGUGCUCAGCUUACAUGGACUAUUGCUGCCGAGCUUCUGCCUGCUCCUUUGGCAGCACAGGCUCUGUCUCCUGCUGUGGGAAUUCAGCCCAGCACUUCCAGGGGCUGCCGCAGGGCUGGAGCCCUGCCAUGCUGCCUUCAGCCAGGCUGCCAACUCUAUUGCACUGCCCUGCUGGCCCUCCUGCCCUUAGGCUCCCAGGCUCUCUGCUCCAGGAGCAUCCAUAGUCCAGCAAGAACAGGGCUGUUGCUGGACCAGAGAGUGCCGGUUUUUGGAGCUGAAAAUCCUUGCUAUCUGGAUAAGAGUCGCCUUAUCAAGAAAGGAGCUGCACGUUUGAAGCGAGAAAAUAUAGAUAGAAUUCAUAACUCAGUGGCCUUUUCUGAAACUGGUGGAGUCACAUCUAUUCCAGAUGCUCCACAAAUUUCUCAUCAAAUACUUGGAAUAGAAGGAUCAACUGUUCCAGUAUAUGUUCUCAUUAAUUCCAAAGACUUAAUUCUUAAAUGUUUGACUCAAAAGCUGUUAAAUCAGAGAAUCAUUGAUCCAAAAUAUCAGUGGACCGGUCCCAUAGGAUUAAUAACCAAAGAAUCACAAAGAUUUGUUUUAACUGAUGAUGGUAGCCUGGAGAUUUAUAACAUUCAUGGGAGUGACUCUGGAAGUUACAUCUGCAAUGUCAUAUAUGUAUAUAACAAUAAAGAUGUGACAACAGAAAUCCGUUUCAUGGUCUAUGUCUAUCAUAAGCCAGGGAAAAGUAUACAUCUGUCAUCUGAAUUCAAAACAGAAACCUGUGAAACCAAUGCAGUUGCUUCAUUUGAAAAACAACUAUUAGAAAAUAUGGAGAACUUAAUCCGUGAUCUUCAGUGUGAGAUCCGGCAGUGGAAUACACAAUGCCAUGCAGCUACAGAUACAAUGGCGAUGCUAACACACAAACUUACAUUUCAGUUUGUGGUUUUCCCUUUUGCACUGGCAUUUGCAGAGCCCUGUAAAAGCUCAGAAUGUGAAAACUCCACCAGUUACAUCAAAAAGGCAUACACAAAGAUUAAACAAUUCUUUGAAGUCCAAAAUACUGACUCAGAUAACAUUCACCAGAUACAUUAUAUUUCUGGAUCCCUUACUGGUAUGAAGGUAGAUCACUGCAAACCGGGAUUUGGUAAAAAUAUAAAUAACAGUACGAUGUGUCCAGGAUGUUGUGUAACAUGCCCACCUGGUAGAUUCAGUGCAAGAUAUGAUACCACAUGUAUUCUCUGUGCAUCUGGGUCCUAUAAUAAAAAGUAUGGGCAGACUGCCUGCAAAAACUGUCCAAAAGAACAAACUACUGAGAGAAGAGGAGCCACAACUGAAAGAGAGUGUCAUGGAACUCUGCAAAUCUGGAUUGUUUUCUUAAUUUCCUGCUUAGGAACAAGUCUUAUCCUAGUUACAUCUUGGGUAAUAAUACAUAAAUGCUGUAGAAGAACAUUAGCAGCCCGGUAUAUAGAGGAAGCAGAAUCUGAACUUAAAACCAGACUGAAAACCUUUGCCAAUAUUGCAAGUGAUGCUGAGAUUGAAAAGCAAAGAAGUAAACUAAAAAACCCAGACAGAUAUAAGAGAAAGAAUCUACCAAAAUAUAAAGUUGGGUUUAUAGAGGAAGAGUCUGUGGGAUUAUUAAGCAAUGAUGGCAUAACAGAGGCAUCAACACCUGUUGGCUCAAAUCCAUCUCCUGACCGUACAUGGCCUAGUGAAGUGGAAACAAGCUUUGAGGAAGACAAAUCACAGGAUACUUUGGGAGAAGAAAUCCACUGUGUUUCAAAAGGACUGACUUCUAAUCAGCAGAAGUUUAACACAAUGAAUCUCAAACUGCCUUAACUUCUCCAUGCGAUAUAUGGUGAAUUAUAAAGCAUAGUUCUGAUCAUCUGUUGCAAAAUGUGAGGUUAAGGAUCCUUCCUUAUAAAAAAAAGUUCAUAUCCAUAGGGCUAUUGCAUUAUCCUAAAAAGAUUUCAUGUAUUUUUUUAAAUCUACAAUAAGGUAUAUACUUUAUAGUGGUGUGUUCUGACACCUGAAAACUUUAUUUGAAAAGCAAAAGCUCUUUAAAAAAACAGCAUUCUCCUUCAGGCAGACAAUUAUCCUUAAAAAUGUGUAUUACCUACCAAUUUUAGAUGCACUGUUCUGCUGAAGCAUACUGUACCUUCUCUUCUUUUUGGAAACAUUAAAUACUUUCUGUAGAUGUAGAAUAAAAUAUUUUGUUUGGUCAUCUGCAAACUAUUCAGCAGUUUGAUAAUGGGUUCCAAGCUAAUUAAUGUAUUACUUUCUAAGAACUCUACAGAGCCAAAAUAGAAGCUAAAUAUUAAUUAAUUUGAUAUUAUGCUACAAUACUGUCGUUACAUUUUUCAUAAGCUAAAUACAAACUACAUAAAACUAAGUGUAUAGCAUUUUAAUAUGUUACAUACUUUGCAAUGUGUAUUAUGCUCAGAAGAAAUUUAGAGAAACUUAAAACUCAUGUUAUGCUUGUUCAAAACUAAAGUUCAUGUGAUCAAAAAUGGUAUUGGGACUUUAGCUAGUAACAAAUCCACUGGGAGGUCUCAGUAUUAUGAACGUGGGAAAUGUUUUACUCUGUUAAAUGAUAUAAUAAAAACAAGAAUUUUAACACUAAAUUAUGGACAUCCUAUCAGCUAAU